AUGGACCCGAAAGGAAAUCUUUACCUUCACAAGACUGCGUUUCUCUGCAAGAAUGAUAUAAUCAAACGACUCGUUAGCGGCAAAUACUAUCUCGUAGAAUCGACCCCCAUUGGUAAGUCACUCAAUGUUUUCCACAUAGGAAACCAACAAAGGGCUUUAUAUGUACUGUAAUGAGUCGUAUGCUUAAUGCUUCGAGUCUUGUACUCAAUUAGCACUGAAUUAGCUUAUUCCUGAACUGCUAGAAUGUUCGAAAAAAAAAGGAAGUCUACAGUGCAAUUUUAAAUAUUUUCGUGCUUCCUUAAGCCCACUUUUCUUUUUUGCUAAUAAUAACCGAAGUCCUAACUGAAGAAAACUCAAUUUAAUUAGAAUGCUCCUUUUCGUUAUGAACGCAGGUCUGUCAAAAGAUUCUUCAGCGCUCAAUUGCAACGAUCUCAAAACAAAAGUGCCUUCUGCCACGUCAGGUGUCUACUGGAUUGACCCGGAUGCUGGUUCCCAUAGCAACGCUUUCCAAGCCUAUUGCGACCAACAGACGGAAGGAGGAGGCUGGACUUUGGUCUGGAGUUAUACCUUCACAGCUUAUUCAAAGUUCUGGACUGGCCCCAAUGCUGUCACUCCACGGCCUACAUGGACAGCCAAUGCUAACACAAGAGUGUCCACCACAGUUCCACUGAGCGAGACGCAUUAUGAAGCCAUGAACUUUGCUUUGUGGCGCACCAUUGGAAAAGAAUUCCUUAUCAAGAGUAACAUCAACAACUGGAUCGCUUGCAAGGAAGGUUCUGGCAGUUUACUCGGUUAUACAGUGUUGCUCUUCAAGUAUCUCCAACAAUCGCCCCCUAAUCGCUAAGGAAAACAUCAUAUACAGUCAAUCCCCGUAAAUAUGGACCCAGAGGGGGUAGAGAAAAUGUGAGGGUUUGCUUUUCACAGGGAAUGAGCAAUUACACCAUCUUUUAGAUAUUCGAAAAUUCUAAAAGAGGCAGGCGAGCAAGAAAUAUUGUCGUUGGGGGCCCCUGAUACAUGGUUCCGAUGCUUGGGUUUAUAAAACAAAAGAAAUAGAGUUGAGUCUUUUCUUCAACUCAUUUUUCGGUAUAUGAAAAAUUUUGAAACGUUUGAACUGGGCCUGAGUUGAAAUAAUUGCGAUUGAAGAUUAAAAGAAUGCAGAGUCACUUUUUAAGAGACGUUUUCGCCGCCAUCGCCGUCCUUGGAUCUUAAGGUCCCUAGUAGUAAACUGAGCUGGAAGCAAAUCAAUGUCAAAAUAUUAAAAAGAAAUAUUUAUUUUGUCUCCCAAAGUCUAGAUAAAUAUAUUUGCAAGAGUAUGAAUAAUAAAGAUCACGUUGAGUUUCAAUAAAUUUGUUCCCCUCGAAAGAAUCAAUUUAGACCUAAAUUUUGUUUAAAAAGAGGAGAAAAUUAUAAUUUAUAUUAUCUUUGCCGUCAAAAGGUCAAUUAGUUAUAUAUUUGGAAUAAAACUAAAUUCAAUAAAGAAUGAUGAAAUAUUGACUUUUUUAGUUUCAAUGUUUGCUCAAAAGGGUUUUAAAUAUCCCAACUUCAAAAACGAAACAUCAGAAGGCAAAGCUUUGUAAGCCUUUCUGACUGAUUUAUCUUACACUCCUUUUUGAGCGGUAGUUGUGUUUCCCAGAGUCCCGGGCGGAAAGCGAUGCCUGUGUUGUGGUGCUAUUGAUUGGUGCUUUCAUUCACCGUUGAGAGAAUCUGUUUUGUUAUUCAGAAUUCCGAUGCGCGCAAGAGUAAAAUUCACGUAAUUUUUUUGUCUCAUUAGGAGGCCAAGCUAGUGUACGUAGAAGGGGCCUGUUUUUUUUCAGGGGCGAAGGAAGAAAUUUCGAGGUUAACCGGUGCCUGCCGCUAAGGACAAAGCAUAGUCAAGCGGAUUUCAACUCGGUCACCCGCAACCAUCUUUCAAAUCCCGCUCUAGUCACUAGCAAGUGUUUUUCUCGAUAGCCCGGUGUACACAUCCUCGGCCAUGAUUACAGUCAACUCUUUUGCCUACGGCCAGUAGCCAUCCUUCCUUGUUGUUAUUUUUAGAAUGCAUGUAUUUUCGUAAUAGUAAUUUUGUGGGCCUCAAUAUGAUCUAUUGGGUCACCAAGAAAAGCGCCACUCCUUUGAAGAUUUUGUCUGUUUAUUCGUAAACGAGACUGACGAAAGAUUUAGUGUAUUCGAGCAAUAUGUUUCUAUGCUUCGCGCAUAAUGUAGCCAGAUUGCUAAAGAAUGCACUUUAUUUAUUUAUUUUUUUUUAGCAAAACAUUGGUAAGGGAAGGAACCCUCAAGCGCGGUCAUUGCACGCGUGCUGAACAAGAAUGCUGUAUCAUGACGGACCAGAAACAAUAGACAACUCCCAAAGCACAAACUCAGCCAAAACGCUAAAAAUCUUCAAUGUUUACUCAAGUUUGGGCUUAUAGAAGAUAAUGUCACAGUUUUUCAAUGACCAUGAAAUUCAGAGUCCGGGUAGUUAGUUAAUCAAUUGUGGCCCUGAAAAAAUUUGAAGGAAAAAAAACUACGAAUUUUUAAGAAAAUGCUUUUUUCGUGAGAAGGACUCUUAAACGCUGACAAACGUCAACAAAUAGCGAAAACUAUAAUUUCUAUAUGUUUGCUUUGCUCGAAAUCGCGCGCAUUUACAAGGCCCUAAAGCGUUUUGCUGACUUGCAAGGACCCAUCUGUUAUAACGAUGCCCAAAAUAAAGAGAUGAAUCUCAUAGUUUAUUAGAUAUAAUCCGUGUAAAGUUUGCUUAUCAUUUUCGCAUAAAUUAUGACCUAAAUUUGGAAACCGCUGAAUUUCUCGAAUUGGGUCUUUGCGAUUUUGGUGAAACUCUGUUCAGCGCAAGGCACUAAUGCGCACUAUGUGUAGCCGAGAGAUUUUCACGAAAAAAUGCCGGCAACAGCAGAUUUUCGACUCAGACCUCAAAGGGGCGUGGCAUUAUAACCACGUGACAUUUACUCCGAUCGCCAAAAAUUUUAUGUUAUAUUGUAGAUUGAUCUAUGUUAUCCAUUCUAUGUGUUAGACUUACGAUAAAAGUAAAGGUGGGGAUACCAUAGAGCUUCAAAGUAGGAUGGUACCCCCCCAAAAAAACUGGGUCGAGUCACCUUAAGAACCAUAUACAGCUUUGAGCAGCCCCAAACAUUGAAAUUUCGGUAAAAGACAGAAAAGAGAGUUUUACGGCAUUAGGUUACACAUCUACAGCUUUUCUGGAGUAUCAGUAAAUCAAAUUUCGGAUUCCCCACAAACUCAUGUACUAAUGCUUGUUAAAUUUUAUUUACGUAGGGCUCUGAAUAAAAGUAUCAGAUAUAAAGUGCUAGAGAUGGACCCGAAAGGAAAUCUUUACCUUCACAAGACUGCGUUUCUCUGCAAGAAUGAUAUAAUCAAACGACUCGUUAGCGGCAAAUACUAUCUCGUAGAAUCGACCCCCAUUGGUAAGUCACUCAAUGUUUUCCACAUAGGAAACCAACAAAGGGCUUUAUAUGUACUGUAAUGAGUCGUAUGCUUAAUGCUUCGAGUCUUGUACUCAAUUAGCACUGAAUUAGCUUAUUCCUGAACUGCUAGAAUGUUCGAAAAAAAAAGGAAGUCUACAGUGCAAUUUUAAAUAUUUUCGUGCUUCCUUAAGCCCACUUUUCUUUUUUGCUAAUAAUAACCGAAGUCCUAACUGAAGAAAACUCAAUUUAAUUAGAAUGCUCCUUUUCGUUAUGAACGCAGGUCUGUCAAAAGAUUCUUCAGCGCUCAAUUGCAACGAUCUCAAAACAAAAGUGCCUUCUGCCACGUCAGGUGUCUACUGGAUUGACCCGGAUGCUGGUUCCCAUAGCAACGCUUUCCAAGCCUAUUGCGACCAACAGACGGAAGGAGGAGGCUGGACUUUGGUCUGGAGUUAUACCUUCACAGCUUAUUCAAAGUUCUGGACUGGCCCCAAUGCUGUCACUCCACGGCCUACAUGGACAGCCAAUGCUAACACAAGAGUGUCCACCACAGUUCCACUGAGCGAGACGCAUUAUGAAGCCAUGAACUUUGCUUUGUGGCGCACCAUUGGAAAAGAAUUCCUUAUCAAGAGUAACAUCAACAACUGGAUCGCUUGCAAGGAAGGUUCUGGCAGUUUCGUGUCACAGAAGACGGGGUCCCUCAGCUGUAAACUUGUCAAACAGGUUUCAAGGCAGUGUGCCGGUGUUGUGCCAAAGUCCAUUACUAUGGACAGUCACGGUCCUCGACUUUCCAGCAGUAGCCUCUACUAUUUCUUCGACGGUAGUACGAGGAUAAAUGCGCCCACGCAUGAUCCAUGUGGCAGAAAUCAAGCCAAUCAAGUAAAAGGUGUGGUUAAUCCACAUGGCAAUAUUUUUGUAAGGUGA